AUGAGCCAGCAGCCAGGUAAAUCCUUCGACAUAGAUAUGAAGCAAUGGCGAAACUGUAUGUUGGCUGAUCCAUUCUUCAAUAAAUCCGAUCGCAUUGAUCUAAUAAUCGGUGGAGACAUUUACGCCGACAUAAUGGAAAAAGGGCAGAAGAGAGUAAGCGGUCCGUUCUCACAACAAACGAAACUUGGUUGGAUAGUAUCUGGAGCUCUAUCCAAUGGAAUAAGCAAAGUGGAAAAAGUGCAGGUGGCUGCGACGAACCUUGAACGUUUUUGGGAAGUAGAGGAAGUGGAAGCAGAAGAUCAGUGUACAAAUGAUGACCAGUGGUGCAUGCAGAAUUUUGAAAAAUCGACCGUUAUUCGAGAUGAUGGUCGAUUGAUGGUGUCAUUACCUUUUAAGGCUGAUAUGGAACUAGGCGAAUCCAAACCGCAAGCAAUGGCCAGGUUUUUGAAUGGUGAAAAGAAGUUGGAGAAAUAUCCAUCACUAAAAGCUGAAUAUAUAACCUUCAUGCGAGAGUAUCGGGAACUGGGUCAUAUGGUGCAAGUACCGAUGGAGAUGAAAGGAAAAUAUUACUUACCGCAUCAAGCAGUGAUCAGAGAAGAUAGCCGAACAACGAAAGUGCGAGUGGUGUUUGAUGCAUCAGCGAAAACAUCGAAUCAAAGAAGUUUGAAUGACAUAAUGCACACUGGACCUAAACUUCAACGCGAUAUAUUUGAUAUAAUGUUGAAAUGGCGUUUAUGGAAGUAUGUAUUGACAGGAGACGUGGAAAAGAUGUAUCGGCAGAUUGUAGUGAGGCCAGAAGAUCAAGAAUAUCAAUAUAUACUUUGGAGAGAGAACAGAGCGGAACCAAUAAAGCAAUAUCGUUUAACAACAGUAACAUAUGGCACAUCAGCGGCGCCGUUUCUGGCAGUAAGGUCACUAUUCAUGAUAGGUGAUUACUGCAAAGAGGAGAUGGUGAAAAAUAUUAUAAAAGAAGAUAUUUAUAUGGAUGACCUCAUGACUGGAGCUGAUACUGUAAAGGGAAGUCAACACAUUCUGCAAUCAGUGGCACAGCAGCUGCAGAAGUUUAAUUUUCAUUUGAGAAAAUGGAUUUCAAAUGACCCUAAAAUUACGGAAAUUGUAGAAAAUCGAGGACGCAAUGAAGUUAUAUCGAUUAAAGACGACGAGUCCAUAAAAACCUUGGGUGUUGGGUGGGAUCCCAAUAUGGACCACUUUCGAUUCAACGUCAGCUUUAGUCAUCCUUCACAAAUGACAAAGAGAAAAGUACUGUCAUUGGUAGCUAGAAUUUUCGACCCAUUGGGAUGGUUAUCACCAAUAACGGUGGUAGCAAAAUUGAUCGUUCAGAAGCUGUGGCUGUUAAAUAUAGAUUGGGAUGAGACGAUACCCGAGGAAAUUUUGACGCAAUGGCUAGAAUUCGCAAAUCAUUUGGAUUCUCUUCAUAAAAUAAAAAUCCCUAGAUGGCUUUUCAGACGCGUCCGAGAAAGCAUAUUCCGCAGUAAUAUUCAUUAA